AUGUCUCCUGUCGAUACAAGCUUCUUGAAUCCUAGCUCCAAGCUUUUUCUAUCUUUCAUACCCCCUAAUAUUGAUUACAGUAAACUCACAAUUGAGGAUGUUCGCAAUAGUCCCAAGGUUCCUUUGAGCGAUGACAUCCCAAGGCCCAAUGUCACCAUCGACCGUAUGGAAAUCCCUGCUGAUACUGAUGGCCACCCUAUUCAUGUGGAUGUAUACAGACCCAAGGACGCUGGAGAUGCCAUCCUGCCUGCAUUGGUUUACUUGCCUGGUGGAGGUUGGGGCGUUGCAGCCCAAGGCGCACAUCCUUAUUUGGCUACAAAGUUGGCUGGUGAGACAAAUUGCGUUGUGCUUCUGGUACAGUACUCUUUGAGUCCUGAGGUCAAAUUCCCUGUUGCUUUGGAAGAAUGCUACACGGUUGUAUCUCAUGCCACUAAUCCAGAACAUGCGUCCAAGCUCAGAGUUGAUCCUACGCGUGUAGCAUUGGGAGGCGACAGUGCUGGUGGCAACUUGACAGCUGCUAUCACUAUUCUUGCCAAGCAACGAAACAAUCUUGAAAAUAGUAUCAAAUAUCAAGUCUUAUAUUACCCUGCUACAGGGGACAGCUUUGCUACAGAGUCAUACAAGAAGUUUGGGGAGGGCUACUACCUAACAACCAGCCUUACUAGAAUGUUCUUGGGUAAUUACAAAACAGAAGCGGCCAAGGACAGCAUUCUUCUUUAUCCUGGUAAGGCCACUAUUGAGGACGUUGCUGGAGUACCUCCAGCUCUACUUGUUACAGCUGAAGCCGAUGUGCUUCGUGAUGACGGUGAAUCUUACGGUCGCAAAUUAAUGCAAGCCAAUGUUCCCGUAACUUCAGUGCGUAUCAAUGGUGUUAUCCAUGGUUUCAUGUCUAUCCCAGCGCUUCAUUCGCCAGAAACCUUGACAGUGAUUGACAUGACCACUAAUGCUCUCCGUAAAGUGUUCUUCAAUUGA